UAAAAGGCCGCAUGUUGAUGGCCCCGACCAUUUCCCAAUGCCGCCAAGCCGUGUAAUCAUGACCGAUGAUGAUGUCGACUCCUCUAUCAUCCCUUACAAUGAUGAUAUUCCCGACGACGAGCAAAAUGUUACCGAUGAUAAUAGUCCAAAAGCGCCGAUAUGGAACUCUGGAAACUUUUCAUCCACAUAUUCCAGGCCACGCCUCUUGACCUCUUUACUUGGGGGACAUAUUACCUGACCAAUGGGCGUGGCGAGACGUUCAGAGCACUAUGCGAGUUACUACCACAUCCAUUUUGGGAUGGGAAAUUGUGGCUUUUACGAUACAUCCUGCAGAAGGCUAUCACAAUGAAAUAUGCGGACCACACAGACCCAUUGUGCCCAUUGAGCCACUCACUUGUCGAAAGUAUCCCUACUCUACGAGAGAGCCCCGUGGAAAGCGGGAUGUCUCAGUUGGAAUUAUCUACAUUCGCCUUGACGUUGUGGGAAAACACCAAACCGGAUUUCGAUCACAAGACAAGUUUAUUACUCGAAAAACUUCGAGAGCCGUGGGUGGAGCAAAAGCCAUACAAAAUGCCGGGAACAAAUAACUAUAAAUUCACGCUAUGGACCGAUGACGUGGUAGCCGUUCGAAAGGCUCUUGAUUCCCUCCACCAAGACGGAAUCUUCGAUCACGACGUGCGCGAGUACUAUACUGGAUAUCUAUGCUCGAUCAAUAAGUGUUGGGAUGAUAUGCCUCCGACUAGUUAUGAAAUAUUGGAGCAAUGGGAUAAGGCGGCCAAGCUUCGCAGGAACGCAGACGUGGAGCGAAAUGAACCGGAUUUUCCGUUGUCAGAAAGGGAUGAACAGAAGAGACUAGGGUAUUGGAAGAGUCCUAAGUGCGACCCUCGAUUCAAGAAAUUUAUUUUCAAGGAGGAGAAUGAUGAGGAUUUAGACCCGGAGAAGGAGGAUUGCAAGGCUCAGUAGGAAGGGAAAUUUGUGGAUUUGUUGUGUUUUAGUGAACCGAGUCAUGUUUGAAUUUUCGCCUGCAGCCAAUUCCUGGGGGUGUACUCUGUGUAGUGUAUAAUUCAGAGCAAGUUUGUUGAGGAAUUCGGAGGAGUAAGUCAUUGGCAGUUAUGAUCCAUCUGGGAUAUCAAGUAUGGAGAAGAGCCUACGUCUCCUUCAGUUUGGCUUCUAGUUAGCCAGAUAGGAGAGUGAAGUUGGGAACAAAGUCUUGGUGCUGAAAGA